AUGGCAACAAAAACCCACACUAUAUCCCUCCCAUGUCUCCUGAUCGCCCUCUCACUCCUCCAAGCCACCCUCGCCGCCGUCCGAUUCGGCGCCACCAACAACGCCUCCUCCACCCUGGGCGGCCAACGCUUCGACCGCUACAUCGGGAUCCCGUACACCCUCCAAACAAUGCCCGAAGUCGCCAACUUCAUAUGGAAGCUAUUCCAGCAGCCAACGGAGGGCGAGCGGCGCCACUACUACCCGGACGACGUCGUAAACGUGAUCAUCCAAGACCUCCAGGACGGCGCCCUCGGCGAGACCGGAGACAACAACGUGUACAUGAGCGCCAAGGGCAUCGAGACGUACCCUCCUGGAGACGGAGCUAAGUUUAUGUUCACCUCGAUUUUGUACCAUGAGAUGACGCAUAUUUUUCAGUGGUCGGGGAAGGGCACGGCGCCCGGGGGAUUGACGGAGGGGAUGGCAGAUUAUACCGUGUUGAAGUCGCCGUUCUAUGUGGAAGGGUACUCGGCGCCCUGGGAGGGGGAGGGGGAGCGGUGGGACGAAGGGUAUGGCGCGACGUCGAGGUUUUUGGAGUAUUGUGACAGUUUGAGAGAAGGUUUCACGCCGGAGCUGAAUAGGAUGAUGAGGGAAGUUUAUAUGCCGGAGUAUUGGAAUCUGUUGUUUGGAAAAGAUGUUGAUCAGGUUUGGGGGGAAUAUAAUAAAAGGCUAAAUUGA